AUGGAUAAUCUCCCAUGGGUUGAAAAAUAUCGUCCAAAAAAAUUAGAUGAUAUAGUUCAUCAAUCAAAUGCAGUAAGAAUGUUAAAAGAAGUAGUAAAAACAAAAAAUAUGCCUCAUCUAAUUUUUCACGGUCCUCCAGGUACUGGAAAAACAUCAGCUAUAAAUGCUUUAGCUCAUGAAUUAUUUGGAAAAGAUAAUAUAAAAGAUCGCGUUUUAGAAUUAAAUGCAUCUGAUGAUAGAGGUAUAAAUAUUGUAAGAGAAAAAAUAAAAGCAUAUACAAGAAUAAGUAUUAGUAAAAAUAAAAUAAAUAAUGAAACAAAUGAAACAUUACCAUCAUGGAAAUUAGUAGUUUUAGAUGAAGCAGAUAUGAUGACAGAUGAUGCUCAAUCAGCUUUAAGAAGAAUAAUAGAAAUAUAUUCAAAUGUUACUAGAUUUAUACUUAUAUGCAAUUAUAUCCAUAAAAUUUCUGAUCCUAUAUUUAGUAGAUGUUCUUGUUAUAGAUUCCAAUCAAUCCCAAUUAAUAUAAAAAAAGAAAAAUUACUUUAUAUAUGCAAAAGUGAAAAUAUUAAUAUUACAGAUGAUGCAUUAGAAAAAAUAAUUGAAACAACUCAAGGUGAUUUAAGAAGAGCUGUGUCUAUUUUGCAAUUAUGCUCUUGUAUUAAUCCGCAAAUAACAUUAGAAUCUGUUUUAGAUGUAUCUGGUUUACCAAAUGAUAAUAUUAUUCUAAAAAUUAUAGAUGCAUGCAAAAUGAAAGAUUUAAAAAAUGUAGAAAAAACUGUACAAGAUAUUAUUGAAGAUGGUUUUGAUGUAUCUUACAUUUUUAAAGCGUUUAACAAUUAUUUUGUUACGAAUUCUGAUUAUCAAGAUUCAUUAAAAUAUCAAAUUUUAUUAGAAUUAUCUAGACAUGAUUAUCGUUUACACAGUGGAGCAACACAAUAUAUCCAACUACUAAGUUUUGCUGUUAAAAUACAUUCAUUAUUAAAUAGUAUUUCAUGA